AUGCCUCUUUUCCGGCUAAAGACGGUCUUUCCGUUGAUCGCCCUGGUGUCGAUUGGCGAGAGCCCUGCGCAGGGUUCGACCCCCGCGGCCGAUACCUGCGAGGUUGAUCCCAAGCUGGCUGCUCCUCUCCCCUUCUCUGAAUGGCUCCCCCGCAAGAACUACACUCGUGCCUACUUCCGCCCUCGCAUUGUCAGCCCCGAAACCGAAUUCCACACCCUGGAGGAGGUUGAGAAGCCCGUGCUUCCUCCGAUGGUUCAGAUGGAGCGUGGUAUGGUUGUCUCUCCCAACAACGAGGAGAAGGCCUUUGUGUGCCCCGAGAUCAUUGAAGUGGAUGUGGCUGCCGACGAUGAUGUCGACGAGACCUCCAAGCUCCUGUUUGGCCUGGCUACCACCGUGGACCGUCUCGACCGCCUCCUGCCCUCGCUCCUCUACACUUAUGGCAACACCAAGGCUGGCCUGAUUGUUCUAGUUCCCGAGUCCGAUGACGAUUUGGAGAAGCAGGAGACCUACUUCCGCAACCGUGGUCUCGAUCUGACUCUCAAGGCCUCCCCCCUGGACUUCACUGCUCGUUACUUUGGCAUGGUUGAGGCUUUCUCGGAGCACAUCCGCAAGCAUCGCCCUCACACCACCUGGGUUGGCUUCAGUGACGACGACACUUUCUUCCUGUCUCUGCCUACCAUCGCCAAGGAACUGAAGCUGUUCGAUGAGAAGAAGAAGCACUAUAUUGGAUCUCUGUCCGAGGCCAGCUGGCAAGUCGACACCUUCGGUCACAUCGCUUUCGGUGGUGCCGGUGUUUUCGUCUCCAAGCCUCUGUUGGAUGUGCUCAUGAAGUACUACGAUGAGUGCCAGUCCUGGGGCGAACAGCCCGGUGACCAGAAGCUUGGCCAGUGUAUCCAGCGCUUCGGUGACACCCCCUGA